AUGUUGCGGCCUCGAGGCCGCGGCGAUCUGCUGCGCUUCGUAGCGUUGACAGACUCGAUACAGCCAAGCACGCCUUCUCUGCUCUCGCGCAGAGUGGCCAUUGCUCAGCCGCUCGCUAGCUCUGCACUAGUUCUUGCUCGACCGCCACCACAUAUCUGCAUUUCGUCGAGGCGCUACUACAGUCGUGAUCCGCUUCAAGCUGAGCACGAAGCCAACACAGUCCGAGGCAACCGCGCGGCACGGAGCCGGAUCGAGGAACAAGCUCGACAGGAUCAACAGGGCAAAGGCAAAGAAAACGGUGGCUCCUACCAGCAGAAGCUUUCAAGAUCAUGGUUCGGCACGCAAAUCAGAUGGUAUCCCAUUCCAAUCCUUCUUGGUGCAGUGGUACUUGUGGGAGUCCAAGCUCGAAGGAAUUACAAUGCAGAGCAGAACGGCAGAGGCGUCGGUACCAAGAUCGUCGACGAGAAUGGGCAAGUCGUCAAGAUGCAAGGUCCGUGGACCGUCUAUGUUAUUGGAGCACUUCCUCUCAACGCCAUCUCACGUGCCUGGGGCUGGGCGAACAACAUCACGCUUCCAGUCUGGUUUCGUCCCUUCGGCUUCAAGCUUUACGCCUAUAUCUUUGGCUGCAACCUCGACGAGAUGAAGGACCCUGACCUCACUCACUACAAGAGUCUGGGCGAGUUCUUCUACCGCGAGCUCAAGGAAGGGGCUCGCGAGAUCGACGACAGCAUCCUCGUCUCGCCAGCUGAUGGAAAGGUUUUGCACUUUGGCGAAAUCGCUGGUCGACGGGUGGAGCAGGUCAAAGGCAUCACAUACUCGCUCGAUGCUCUGUUGGGUGUGACGAGCUCUCCAGAAACAACGGAGAACGUGGUCGGCAACACCGCAGAAGGCGCAGAACACGAACGACUCGACGAUCGGCAGUUUGCGUCGGUCAACGGAAUCGACUAUACUCUCGACGAACUUCUCGGCGACGAAAAGAGCAAGUCGGCUCUUCCUGAUGAGGACGAAGCGCCACGGCGCAAGAAGAGCUGGAAAAGGUUUGGCAAGGUAUCCUACUGGAAAUCUUGGGUGAAGCGCGCGCCGCCCAAGGGCUCGAACACCACGGGCGUGCCACCUUCGGCAGCUCCGACUGGCUCAAAUGCCGACAAUCACGAUGAUGAUGACGAUGACGACGACGACCAAGACGCUCCUCCGAAGAAGGAUCCUGAAGCAGCCAAGAAGCCGAAGCAGAUCGACGAUGCAGGCAUGCCGACACCUGACACGCCAGAAGUGCUGGGUCGGUACGCCAAUGUCGCAUACGAGAUGGGUGUCAAAGCUCUGCCACCCUUCCUGCAACCGCACUCGCCUGGUUCGAAAGGCCUCAAAGAAGGCAACAAGCUCUUCUUCUGCGUCAUCUACCUUGCACCUGGAGACUACCAUCGCUUCCACAGCCCGACCAACUGGGUUGCGGAACGUCGUCGACACUUCCGUGGCGAGCUGUAUUCGGUCUCGCCCUACAUGGCCAGGCGACUCUCGAACCUGUUCGUGCUCAACGAGCGCGUCGCUUUGCUCGGGCGAUGGAGGCACGGCUUCUUUGGCAUGGUCCCCGUCGGCGCCACCAACGUCGGCUCCAUCCGCAUCAACUUUGACAAGGCGUUGCGCACCAACGUUCGCAAGCAGCGCUACCUCGCCGGCACGUACUCGGAAGCCUCCUAUUCAGGGGCGAGCAAGCUGCUCGGAGGUCAGCCACUGGGAGCCGGAGACGAGAUGGGCGGUUUCUUGCUCGGCUCGACCAUCGUGCUCGUCUUUGAAGCACCCGCCGAGUUCCGCUUCGAUCUCAAGCCGGAACAGAAGAUCAAGGUGGGCGAGCGCCUGGGUGACAUUCGCGAGCCCGCGCCUGAAGAGCGGGAGGACAGGAGGAACGGUCGCCAAGUGUGA